GCCGAAGGUCUCCGAAGCUCCCCGGCGUUUUGCGCCAGUGCCACCGGAGCCGCAGGCAGGAGUCCCCGCGCGCCCCAGCGUUCCCCGUACGAACACCCGCAACUUGCCGCGCCGCGCAGCGAAUCCUGGGGGCCCAGACCCAGCCGGAAGCACAGUCCGGGCCCUCCCCCUGCCCGCCGGAACCGGAAAUCGCUGUCCCGGCGGGUACGUCGCCCUCCGCGGGCCGCGCCGCACCAUGCUCCGCGGGCCGCAGCGCUUCAUCAAGGUCUCGGUGGCGCCGGUCGCUGCCCUGGCUGUGGCGCUGCUCUCGUCACUCUCGCGCUGCUCCCUCCUGGAGCCGGGGGACCCCGCGGUUUCGGCGCUCAGCCCCUACUUCGGUACCAAGACCCGCUACGAGGAUGCCAACCCCGGGCUGCUGCCGGACCCCGAGGCGCCGCGGAGGGACCCCGAGCUGCUGGAGGACACCUGCACCCCCGUGCAGCUGGUGGCCCUCAUCCGCCACGGCACCCGCUACCCUACGGCCAAGCAGAUCCGCAAGCUGCGGCAGUUGCACGGGUUGCUGCAGGCCCGCGGGCCGGGCGACGGACGCGCUGGCUCCGCGGGCGGCCGCGACCUGGGCGCCGCGCUGGCCGACUGGCCGCUGUGGUACGCGGACUGGAUGGACGGGCAGCUGGUGGAGAAGGGGCGGCAGGACAUGCGACAGCUGGCGCUGCGCCUAGCCUCCCUCUUCCCGGCUCUCUUUAGCCUCGAGAACUACGGCCGCCUGCAGCUGGUCACCAGCUCCAAGCACCGCUGCGUGGACAGCGGCGCCGCCUUCCUGCAGGGGCUGUGGCAGCACUACCACCCCGGCCUGCCGCCGCCCGACGUCGCAGACAUGGAGUGUGGACCUCCAAGAAUUAAUGAUAAAUUAAUGAGAUUCUUUGAUCAUUGUGAGAAGUUUUUAACUGAAGUGGAAAAGAAUGCUACAGCUCUUUAUCAUGUAGAAGCCUUCAAAACUGGACCAGAAAUGCAGAACAUUUUAAAAAAGGUUGCAGCUACUUUGCAGGUGCCAGUCAGCAAUUUAAAUGCAGAUUUAAUUCAGGUAGCUUUUUUUACCUGUUCAUUUGACCUGGCAAUUAAAGGUGUUAAAUCUCCUUGGUGUGAUGUUUUUGACAUAGAUGACGCAAAGGUAUUAGAAUAUUUAAAUGAUCUGAAGCAAUAUUGGAAAAGAGGAUAUGGGUAUACUAUUAAUAGUCGAUCCAGCUGCACCCUGUUUCAGGAUAUCUUCCAGCACUUGGACAAAGCAAUUGAACAGAAACAAAGGUCUCAGCCAAUUACCUCUCCAGUCAUCCUUCAGUUUGGUCAUGCAGAGACCCUUCUGCCACUACUCUCUCUGAUGGGCUACUUCAAAGACAAGGAGCCCCUAACAGCUUACAAUUACAAGGAACAGUUGCAUCGCAAAUUCCGGAGUGGCCAUAUUGUGCCCUAUGCCUCAAACCUAAUAUUCGUGCUUUACCACUGUAAAAAUGCUAAGACUCCUAAGGAGGAAUUCCGAGUGCAGAUGCUGUUGAAUGAGAAGGUAUUACCGUUGGCUUACUCACAGGAAACUGCCUCCUUGUACGAGGAUCUGAAGGACCACUACAAGGACAUCCUUCAGAGCUGCCAUGCCAGUGAAGAGUGUGAAUUACCAAAGGUGAACAACACGUCUGACGAGCUAUGAGUACCUGGAGAACAGUUCUCAUUCAUCGGGGACUGAUCCAGAGGGAGUGAUUACAUGCUUGGAAUAGGUGGGCAACCCACGGUUACAGAAAGCUUUCACAGUACUUCAGUAUUUCUGUCUUUUCACAGAAAAAUGUUGAGUUUCUUUUUGACUCUGGAACAUGGAUGUGUAAGAAACUAUUCUUCACUGGAGCAGCUCUCUUAGGAGAAAAAAAUUGACUCAAAGAACUAGCUGGCCCUGCAAACAUUUAUGGAAAUUAGAUCCUGCCUGUUUAUAUGAGAUAUCUCACACUGAGAUGGAGUAUGAUUUCAAAGUGAUACUUGAAAGUGCUGGACUCACAACGUAUGUCAUUUGGAUGAUCUCUUACUCGACCGAGUGCAGGAACUUUCCAGUUGUGAUGCCUUCUCUGUCUCUCCCUCAGGUAGCUCAGCUCUGGCAUCGUCGGUCUUCAGCAGACGUAGUGUGGUGCUGGGACUGUCGCUUUGGAAGAAAGCUGACACCUCUCUAGUUAAGAUUUGAAACGAUAUUAAGAAACAAGAGUGUGAUUUUCAAAGGACAGCUUCACUUGAAGACAAAAAGCAUAAUAAAAUAGAUAUUUUUGAUAAUAGUAUUUAUAAAGUAUUUGAACACUUUUUCAAUAAUUCCUUUUAGCCUCGUAGUAAGUCUUACAAGGCCUUUCUUUAGUAUCUUACCUGUUUUACAUUUAUAACAAUGGAGGACAAAGAGGACCAUUAGCAACAAGAAAGACGGAUAGAAUCAGAGUUUCUUAAAUCCAUUGCUUCACAGUUUUUUUCAUUCUGUCACUUUGCUUCUAUUUUUAUAUUUUGCUGUUAUGUGAAGUGUAUCUUGCUUAUCACUUUUCCAUUAUUUUUUCCCCCUAAAUAAAGACUUUAUCCUGGCUGGAUUAGUUUCACAAAUCUGAAUGCAUUUCAACGAGAUACUUCUGAGUUUUGUCAAAUGCCGUGAAGGUGUUUGCUAUAAAAAUAAACAGAAUUCUUGUGACUUUA